AUGGCUACCCUUUUGUUGUUCGCCUUCUUUGUCUUGUCAUCGGCGCUCGAUAUGUCGAUCAUCAGCUACGACGAACACCACGGCGAGAAAUCUUUUUCGUACUUGAGGACAGACGGUGAGGUCAUGACGAUGUACGAGUCGUGGCUUGUGAAGCACGGCAAGGUGUACAACGCCUUGGGAGAGAAAGAGAGGAGGUUUCAGAUCUUUAAAGACAACCUCCGAUUCAUCGAUAACCACAAUAACGCCGGCGAGAAAGCGACGUAUACUCUCGGUCUGAACCGGUUUGCCGAUCUGACUAACGACGAGUACCGGUCCGUGUACUUGGGAGUCAAGCCCGGUACCAAACGGAUCUUGUCGAGGACGAAGGUGAUAAGCGAUCGGUACACUCUCAAAGUCGGUGAGAGCUUACCGGAUUCCGUCGAUUGGAGAACCAAAGGUGCCGUCGGGCCGGUCAAAGAUCAAGGAAGCUGUGGGAGUUGUUGGGCUUUUUCAACAAUUGGCGCUGUGGAAGGGAUAAACCAGAUUGUCACUGGGGAUAUGAUCCCUCUGUCAGAGCAAGAGUUGGUGGACUGUGAUACUUCUUAUAAUGAAGGAUGCAAUGGUGGCCUCAUGGACUAUGCUUUUCAGUUCAUUAUCGACAAUGGUGGCAUUGACUCUGAAGAGGACUACCCCUAUAAAGGCAGGGAUGGCAGAUGCGACCAGUACAGGAAAAAUGCAAAGGUUGUUGCAAUUGAUGGUUAUGAAGAUGUCACUCCAAAUAGCGAGAAGGCAUUGAAAAAGGCAGUUGCAAAUCAACCCAUCAGUAUUGCCAUUGAAGCUGGUGGCAGGGCUUUCCAGUUCUACUCAUCGGGAGUAUUCACAGGUGAAUGUGGUACAGCGCUGGACCAUGGUGUCGUUGCUGUUGGAUAUGGUAGUGAAAAUGGUAAGGAUUACUGGAUUGUGAGGAACUCAUGGGGCCCAGACUGGGGAGAAGCUGGCUAUCUCAGGAUGGAGCGUAAUUUGCAUGACACUGACACUGGCAAAUGUGGAAUUGCAAUUGAGCCCUCUUACCCUGUCAAGACAGGUCAAAACCCCCCCAAUCCCGGUCCAUCUCCUCCAUCUCCAGUAAAGCCCCCCAGUGUUUGUGAUGAUUAUUACUCUUGCUCAGAGAGCAGCACUUGCUGCUGCGUCUAUGAAUUCAAUGGUGAUUGCUUUGCCUGGGGAUGCUGCCCUCUUGAUGGUGCCACAUGCUGUGACGACCAUUACAGUUGUUGCCCUCAUGAGUAUCCCGUGUGCAAUGUUUAUGCAGGGACUUGUCAAAUGAGCAAGGACAACCCAUUGGGAGUGAAGGCAAUGAAGCGCACUCUUGCUAAACGCACUCUUGCUAAACGGAUGUGGACUCACGGCAUAGAAGGAAAGAAGACCAGUGCUUGA